UGUUCAGACUAUGAAAAACGAAUAACCCGAGUCUCCUUGAGGAAACAUCUGACAAACCCAACUGAGGGACAUCCUACUACUAACUGGCCCAUACUCUCUGACCAUUUCAGUGUCACGAAAGGCAAAGACAGAUGGAGAAAACGUCCAGAGAAGAGGACACUAAGGGCACUGGACAACUGAAUGCAGUACAUGAUCUGGGACAUGAUCUGAGGGUUUCUGUCGUUGCUGUUACAAAAGACGUUAUUGGGACAAUUGACAAAAUAUGAAUAAGUGCCUGUCCCAAGAGAGCAACUGAGUGGGACUAAAGAGCCACCUGCUCGCCCUCCCAUGCCUCUGAAGACAAAAACUGAAUUGCAGCUGAAGGGAUUUAGAUUAGACUCACAGACUGCCAAGCCAAGAGCCGCCAGGGCCCAGGUGUGAGUCCAUUCCGCCAGGCCAAGGAGGGGCAGCAGGAGGGCCUGAUGAAUUGUACCUGCCAGAAUUUGCACUUGAGCCUGGGUUGGAAGGUGGAGUCAGGCCAAAUGAUGCCUAGUGCUUUCUGAGCCUUGAGAGAGUCCUCUUCCUCCAAUCCGGAAGGCCCCCAGCUCUUGCUCCAGACCUCCAGCAGCUCCUCACGCCACCUGGAUAUAAAGUCAGCUCCUUGCUGAGGGUCUUGGCCUCUCUCCCGGAGGAACAGCAAAGGUCCUGCAGAGUGACCUGGGGCAGGGCCAGCCAGGUUGGAGGUUUCCUGGAGGUGGAAGGCCCUGACGGAGCCAAUUUGGCAUCAAAUGUUCUGAAACUGCCCUUGUGGAGGACAGAGGCUUGGAGCAGAUCUGACUCGUUCCUGCCACCACCUUGCCUGGCUACCGGCCCAGCCAGGGGGCCUAUUUGGACACCUUGCUAGCAGAUGGCCCUGCAAAAGGAAACAUCCGUUUUGGGCUGUGCUCUCCAAUAUGGUAGGCACUGGCCACAUGUGCUCUUAGGCACUUGAGAUGUAGCUACUCUGAAUCAAGAUAUGCUAGGAGAAGACAAGCUUCCGAGGACUUGAGUGACAUGUGGUGCAACGCCCAGGUUGUGGGGUGAUCAUGGGCAAGAGGCUUUAGAAUCUGCUCAUGUUUGCCUAAUAAAUGCAACAGCCACAGGAACCGAAAUUCUUAAAAACUUGGUACUACCAGGUAUUGGUUCAUUUACAAUUAUCGAUGGAAAUCAGGUCAGCGGAGAGGAUGCUGGAAAUAAUUUUUUCCUUCAAAGAAGCAGCAUCGGCAAGAACCGAGCUCAGGCUGCCAUGGAAUUCUUACAAGAAUUAAAUAACGAUGUCUCCGGGAGUUUUGUGGAAGAGAGUCCAGAAAACCUUCUAGACAAUGAUCCUUCGUUUUUCUGUAGGUUUACCAUUGUGGUUGCAACUCAGCUUCCUGAAAGUACAUUACUACGUUUAGCGGAUGUCCUUUGGAAUUCACAAAUACCUCUUUUGAUCUGUAGGACAUAUGGACUAGUUGGUUAUAUGAGGAUCAUUAUAAAAGAACAUCCAGUAAUAGAAUCUCAUCCAGAUAAUGCAUUAGAGGAUCUACGACUGGAUAAGCCAUUUCCUGAACUGAGAGAACAUUUUCAGUCUUAUGAUUUGGAUCAUAUGGAAAAAAAGGACCAUAGCCAUACUCCAUGGAUUGUGAUCGUAGCUAAAUAUUUAGCACAGUGGUAUAGUGAAACAAAUGGACGAAUACCUAAAACGUAUAAAGAAAAAGAAGACUUCAGAGAUUUGAUUAGACAAGGAAUUCUAAAGAAUGAAAACGGGGCUCCGGAAGAUGAAGAGAAUUUUGAAGAAGCUAUUAAAAAUGUGAACACAGCACUAAACACAACUCAGAUCCCAAGCAGUAUUGAAGAUAUAUUUAAUGAUGAUCACUGCAUAAAUAUCACCAAACAGACUCCAUCAUUUUGGAUUUUAGCUCGUGCCUUAAAGGAAUUUGUGGCCAAAGAGGGUCAGGGAAAUUUACCUGUUCGAGGCACAAUUCCUGAUAUGAUCGCAGAUUCAAGCAAAUAUAUAAAGCUGCAAAAUGUUUACCGUGAAAAAGCAAAGAAAGAUGCUGCUGCUGUGGGUAAUCAUGUUGCCAAAUUGUUGCAGUCUAUCGGCCAGGCACCAGAGUCCAUUUCAGAGAAAGAAUUAAAAUUACUCUGCACCAAUUCUGCAUUUCUUCGAGUGGUAAGAUGUCGAUCCUUAGCUGAAGAAUAUGGCUUGGAUACAAUUAACAAGGAGGAAAUAAUUUCCAGCAUGGACAAUCCAGAUAAUGAGAUAGUAUUAUAUUUAAUGUUACGGGCUGUUGAUAGGUUUCAUAAACAACAUGGUCGAUAUCCAGGGGUAUCUAACUACCAAGUUGAAGAAGAUAUAGGAAAGCUGAAGUCUUGUCUCACUGGCUUCCUUCAGGAAAAUGGAUUAUCUGUAAUGGUUAAAGAUGACUAUGUCCAUGAAUUUUGCCGAUACGGAGCUGCUGAGCCACACACCAUUGCUGCGUUCUUAGGGGGAGCUGCUGCUCAGGAGGUUAUCAAAAUAAUCACCAAACAAUUUGUAAUUUUUAAUAAUACUUACAUUUAUAGUGGCAUGUCACAAACUUCAGCAACUUUCCAGUUGUAGAAUAAGCAUCCUAUGUAGUGUGUUAAUGAUUUAAACUGUAAUUGCCUUCAGGUUGUGCUCUAGUUUGUAAAAUUCUAGGGAGAACUGUUAAAUUGUUUCCUUAAUAAACAUUUUUCUCAUUUGUAAUAA